UCACCGCGUCGACGUAUCCACUAUCCGCCGCGCCAUCAAACCGCACGCACACUUAUGCGUGCAAUGGCUUCCAACGACAACGGUGACUUCGACACGGAUCUGGCUGCGGCACCUGCGAAACGCAUGCGGUACUCGUUUGCCGAUGAAAUUGCCCAGAGUUCGCAUUUUGAAGCAUUUGGACAACGAUAUACCGGGUUCCCGUCCGGCGAAUGUUACGAUAAUAUUUAAACACCAAGGAAUUACUUCAAAUAUGUGUGGCAUUCUCCCCUUUAUUCUUCUAGUUUAGCUAAUAAUUUAUACCAGCAAUCAUAUAAGUCUUUAGAUACUCUAUCACCAAAUUAUUUACAACCAAAUUCACCAACCCCUCCAUUAACUAUGUCUUCAAGUUUACCAGAAUCUCCAGAAGACUCAAGUAUUUUUGACGAAAGUUCAGACACUAAAGAGGAACCCGAGGAUGAUGAUACAACUUCCACAUCCAGCUCAGGUUCCUGUUCACAUUCUGAUAAUGCUGAUUCUGAAAAAGGAGCACCUGGUUCAACGAAUUGGGUACAACGACAAAUUAUGAGUGGUAUAAAUCCAAGACGGCUGUUACAUCAAGUAUUUGGAGCUUCUGCUCCAUUUCAAUUAGAAGAUAUAACAUUAUGGAGAAUAAUCAUGAAUAUGACUGAUGACUCUCCAAUACGAAAUCGACUACGUAGUGUUAGUUCACUUGAUGAUGUUGUUAGGUUACUGAAAACAAGCAGUCGUAUUAUGGUUCUCACUGGUGCAGGUGUCUCGGUUUCUUGUGGAAUACCAGAUUUUCGAAGUCAUAAUGGAGUUUAUGCUAGGCUAGCAACAGAAUUUCCUGACUUACCUGAUCCACAAUCAAUGUUUUGCAUAGACUAUUUCAGUAAAGAUCCCAGGCCAUUUUUUAAAUUUGCCAGAGAGAUUUAUCCAGGACAAUUUAAGCCAUCACCAUCUCAUCAAUUUAUUAAACUCUUAGAAAAAAAAGGACGACUCUUACGCAAUUACACUCAAAAUAUAGAUACAUUGGAACAAGUUGUUGGUAUUAAUAAUGUUAUAGAAUGUCACGGAUCUUUUGCUACUGCAUCAUGUACUAAAUGUGGACACAAAGUAUCAGCAGAAACUAUAAGACCUGAUGUAUUUGAACAAAGAAUUCCGCGUUGUCCAAUAUGUAUUAAUAGUUCUGGUAUUAUGAAACCAGACAUUGUAUUUUUUGGAGAAGGUCUCCCAGAUAAUUUCCAUAAAGCAAUAGAAGAUGAUAAAAAUAAUUGUGAUUUAUUGAUAGUAAUUGGAUCAUCAUUGAAAGUGCGACCAGUAGCUCGCAUACCCAUUAUGUUAAACAAACAUGUUCCACAAAUAUUGAUAAAUCGUGAAAGACUGCCGCAUAUGAACUUUGAUGUUGAACUUCUUGGUGACAGUGAUGUUAUUGUGGAUCACCUCUGUCGCAUGCUUGGUUCAGAUUGGACUGAGUUGUGCUGGUGUAAAGAAGAGUUGACUGAAACUACAACUUUGAAUACACCUACUUCAUCGCCAAGGUCUAAUGCAACUGUAAUUGAAACAGUGGAAGGUGAGAUGUCUACUGAUUCUACAAGAGAUAGUGCCAAUAGUAUGUCACCACCGCUUGGUGAAAAUACAUUUGCCCCAAGUACUUCAGGCGAGCAACGACAUUUAUCUACAGAUACUACAAGAGAUAGUGGUAUUGAUCCAGACGAUCCUCAAAAAUCUAGUCUAGCCACGUAUUUACCAUCCAAUAAAUAUUACAUGUUGAAAAAAAGAAGAUACAUGUUUUCCGGUGCUGAAGUGGAUUUAAAUGACAUGAACGAUGACAGUGAAACAGAAUCAGACUCAAGUGAAAAAUCUGAAACUCCAUUACACUAAAAUAAAUUACUUUACAAUUUAAAUAUUUAGCUCAAUCGUUACUUAACUAUCACAAGCUAAUUUUGUUUUCAUUCAAUAAUGUAUAAUAUUGUCUCCUCUUUAUCUUGUAUUCCUUAACAUUUUUCUGUUCUUUAUUAUUUUAUUUAUCCUCAAAUUUAUUAUUUUUCCAUUUUAAUUUAUGU